UCACCAAGCUACACACUUCCUUCCCCACAAUGCCCCUCUUAUCGACCCACCAUCAAUGCCUCUCCAAUCCCCCUGUCCUGUCUGUCAGUCUGUUGGUCGAGCUACCGCCUCUUGGCCAUCAAUAGAUAGCUAAUUAACCUGCAGGUAAUGAAAACACACGUGACAAGAUGUCUUUUACUCAUGUCCCACCUCGCCCCACAUCAUCGCCCCCGUGGCCAUCUCCCCCGUUGUCCUGGUUGGGGUCCUCACCGUCGAAUAUGAUGGGCGCGAUGGGGCCCAGGACGGGGCGCGCCAGGGCGGUGGUGAGCGGGAAGCGGUGCUUGAAGGGCGCACUCUCAGCCACACCAGGUGCAGGCGUCUCGCUCGUCUUGACGGACACCAACACUGCAGACACACACCUCUGUUUUCUCACGUCAUGUGUCCCGUCUUCUCUGUCUGGUUUGGAAAGGCCCUCUUCUCAUUAUGUACCAUAUUCGUCAUCAACGGUAUCGCAAAGUUGUAGCCAUGCGAUGAAUGGCUGGUCGUAGGCCGUCAGCAGCAGCUGCACGUGGUACAUAUCGGGUGCCUGGUAUGCCGUCACUGCCGUGGUGCCAGCGACCGGCUGAUGGGGCGGCCGAUCGAUGAGGCCAGCCAACACACCACCACGAGCAUCGCUGCAACACACCAACAUAUGAGUGUACCCAUGCAUGAAUCGGUGUGUCCCUCGUGUCAUGCUGACCGGCGGACGCUUCUCCCGACGUCCUUGACCUGUUUGUACGGCAGCAGGGUGUUGAUGAUGAACCCCGAGAAAGACGCAUUGGUCCAGGGACCAUCAGCCGCCGACCAGCCAUCGCCACUCAGUCCGAUGCGAUGACUGACGGGGGGGUUGUGGGGCAGGGCGUUCUGCUGGAUGGGGUUGUUGGCGGGGAGGGGAGGGGUGAGGUCUAUCGCAUACGCGGCGUCGUCUUCAACGGCACGCAGCCCGCCGCCAGGCUGACCGAACAGCUCGACUGUGCCGUUCUUGGCGCCCACGUGGCGGCCGACCAUCUUCCACUGAGCUAUCACACGGGGCUGAGCCAUAUACGCCUACACGACACAAGGCAUACACACACAGAGAUGAGUGCCGCCCACCAUCCAAUCCACGCCAUCUGUCUGUUCUGUGUACCUGUUUGCUUUGGUGCUUCUCGAGGUCUUGCUGUGUGAUGUUGACGGGCAGCUCACAGUAGGUGAGCUGACGCGCCAGCCGCAGUGCGUCGGCCACCUCGUCCCAACUCUGAUCCUCAACCAAGUACAUGGCCUAUGUUGACACAGUGGAGCAUGCCACCCAUCCCCCAGGCCAUCUGUCUUCCUUCUGUGUACCUGCAGCAGCAGCUGGUCCUCCAGUUGUGCGUCAUCGAACGUCAGCACAGUGUCCAGCGGCGUCCCGUCGGCAAGUGUCGUGUCGUGCAGGGCGCGGGCGAGCCGUCGGCGCAGCACGUCGGUCUCAAAGUCGACCUGCGAUAGGAAGAGGGCGGUGGAUCUGAGGACGCCCAAGUCCUUGAGCUUGUGCAGCCUGUCCCGCUCUUCUCGAUGGAUGAAGUCCGGCUGCUGGCCGCGGAUCGAUGGCCAGUGCUCGUCGUUGCUUCUUCUGCUCACAUUACCACCCAUUUCCUUCUCAACUCAAUCUCGG